AUGGUCACGCGCUCAAUCGUCAGAUUUCUGGGCAACAGGGCCGUCUACCGACGCGGUCCUGGGCGGAGGACCUUCUCCUCCGGAGCGAGCGUCUACGUGGACAAAAACACCAAGAUUAUAUGCCAGGGCCUCACCGGUAAACAGGGCUCCUUCCACGCCUCGGAAUGCCUGAAGUACUACGGGACGAAGUUUGUGGGCGGCGUCAACCCGAACAAGGCCGGUACCAUGUGGCGGUGUAACGACGACAAGCACUCGCUGCCCGUGUAUGCCACCGUCAGCGACGCCAAGAAGGAGACGGGGGCCGACGCCACGGUCAUAUUCGUGCCGCCGCCGCGCGCGGCAGGCUCGAUCGUGGAGGCAAUCGAGGCCGAGAUGCCGCUCAUCAUCUGCAUCACGGAGGGCAUCCCGCAACACGACAUGAUCAAGGUCAAGAACAUGCUCAAGGACCCCGCCUGCAAGUCGACGCUCAUCGGCCCGAACUGCCCCGGCAUCAUCAAGCCCGAGGAGUGCAAGAUCGGCAUCAUGCCGGGGCACAUCCACAAGAGGGGCAGCAUCGGCAUCGUCAGCAGGAGUGGGACGCUCACGUACGAAGCUGUGACGCAAACAAGCAGCAACGGCCUCGGGCAGUCAGUGUGUGUGGGAAUAGGAGGAGACCCGUUCGGCGGAAUCACCUUCACCGACGUGCUGAAGAAGUUCGUGGCGGACCCGCAGACCAAGGGAAUCAUGCUCAUUGGUGAGAUUGGCGGCAGCGCCGAGGAGGACGCGGCCGAGUGGAUCAAGGCGAAUCCGACAGACAAGCCAAUAGUCGCUCUCAUCGCAGGCACAUGUGCACCGCCAGGGAGGAGGAUGGGCCACGCCGGAGCUAUAGUCAGCGGAAACACCGGAACGGCGGUCGGCAAGAUCAAGGCGCUCCAGGAGGCCGGGGUCCUGGUCGCCGAAACGCCCGCACUACUAGGCGCUACCAUGAAACAGGCGCUGGCAAAAUGA